CCGUUAAUAAACCAUUCACUCGCACUGACGGCUCGCUCAGUCCACUGCUCUUACGUCUCCUAUAUAUGAAGUCCAUCUCUAUCAAGUAUCAGCCACUUCGACAAACACGCCAUUUUCCUCUCCCAUUUCUCUAAAUACUCUCUCCGCUCCGGCCAUGGCGAUCCGUGCCGCGAUUUCCGGUAGUCAUCUCAAGCUUAGCUCGUCGUCGCUCGGAGCGCGAUCCUUGUCGUCGUGGUGGCGGAACGUUGAGCCGGCACCUAAAGAUCCUAUCCUCGGCGUUACUGAAGCUUUCCUCGCCGAUCCUAGCCCUGAUAAAGUCAAUGUUGGCGUUGGAGCUUACAGGGAUGACAAUGGAAAACCCGUGGUACUGGAGUGUGUCAGAGAAGCAGAGCGAAGGAUCGCUGGCGGUUUCAACAUGGAAUAUCUUCCUAUGGGAGGUAGUGUCAACAUGAUCCAGGAGUCGCUGAAGUUAGCCUAUGGGGAGAACUCAGACUUGAUAAAAGAUAAACGCAUUGCUGCAAUUCAAGCAUUAUCUGGAACUGGCGCAUGCCGAAUUUUUGCGGACUUCCAAAAGCGCUUUUGUCCUGAUUCACAGAUUUAUAUUCCUGUUCCUACAUGGUCUAAUCAUCAUAACAUUUGGAGAGAUGCUCAUGUCCCAGAGAGAACAUAUCACUAUUAUCAUGCUGAAUCAAAGGGCUUGGACUUUGCUGCAAUGAUGGAUGAUAUAAAGAAUGCCCCAAAAGGAUCAUUCUUUCUGCUUCAUGCUUGUGCUCAUAAUCCUACUGGGGUGGAUCCGACAGAGGAACAAUGGAGGGAGAUCUCGCACCAGUUCAAGGUGAAGGGACAUUUUGCUUUGUUUGAUAUGGCCUAUCAAGGAUUUGCAAGUGGGUAUCCAGAGAAGGAUGCUAAGGCAAUCAGGAUAUUUCUUGAGGAUGGUCAUCCGAUAGCGUGUGCCCAAUCAUAUGCAAAAAAUAUGGGGCUAUAUGGCCAGAGAGUUGGUUGCCUAAGUGUUGUCUGUGAGGAUGAAAAACAAGCAGUGGCAGUGAAAAGUCAGUUGCAGCAACUUGCCAGGCCCAUGUACAGUAAUCCACCUGUUCAUGGUGCUCUUGUUGUUUCUACCAUCCUUGGAGAUCCAAACUUGAAAAAUCUAUGGCUCGGGGAAGUGAAGGGCAUGGCUGAUCGUAUCAUCGGGAUGAGAACUGCUUUAAGGGAAAAUCUUGAGAAGUUGGGCUCACCUCUAUCUUGGGAACACAUAACCAACCAGAUUGGCAUGUUCUGCUACAGUGGGAUGACACCGGAACAAGUAGACCGAUUGACAAAAGAGUAUCACAUCUACAUGACUCGUAAUGGUCGUAUCAGUAUGGCAGGAGUUACUACUGGAAAUGUUGGUUACUUGGCAAACGCUAUUCAUGAGGUUACUAAAUCUGCUUAAGCUUUAACAUCAUGGAUUCAAUAAUCAGUUACGGAAAGGCUGUGGAAAUUCAUUUUUUGUGAUCGGAAAGAUCACAACAUGUUGUAAUAGUUGAGUUAAAACAAUCGUACUGAGGGGAGGGGGGAAUAAAUAGAACCAUUUUAAGGGAUAGAAGUCAUUAGCAGCCGUCGAGGUGGAGUUGUAGUUAUUUUAGGGUACAUUACAGACAUUAAUCAUCUCUAGUGUCAAGGAACUGCUGUUUUUCAUAUACAACAGCGUAGUUACAUGAUAUAUAUGCCAACAUUUUGAAGUAUUGUUACUGUUUUAUGGCGUCAUGGAUGGAAGUAAUUAUUGA